AUCCUCUUCUGUUCCAAACCUCUCUCUCUCUCUCUCUCUCUCUCUCUCGUAGACAUGGAGCAAUUGGAGAAAGAGCGGAUCGAAGCGGCUUCAGAAGAAGUGAGCCGUGAAUUCAAAACCCUAGUCAAUGCCGAGGAUUUGAAUGCUCUCAAACAGUUGCAGCACCUCGUAUUGGGAAGGUUGCAGGAUAGUCAUGCUGUUCUUUCUCAUUUUAAUGAAUAUUCAGAGAAUUGCUAUGCUGAGGUUUCUAGCGACUUUUCUAGAAAUACACGUCUGUUAAAGUCAAUGAAAUCAGAUCUUGAUUACAUAUUUCAGAAACUGAGAAGUCUGAAAGCAAAGAUUAUGGCUACCUAUCCAGAUGCAUUUCCUGAUGAUUCGGCAAUAGAAGCGCUUGAUAGGAGACCAGACCUUGAAAUUCCCUAGUGACACUGGCACAUUGCCUUACUACAUGUAUUAGGUCUGUUUCCCUGAGUGGAGAAAUCCAACCGAAGAUUUAUCCCAUGUUGAUUCUUGUAGAAUAUAUUUGCAUCUCUUCCUCUUAUUCUGUCAUUCCUUCUUUCUC